AUGCCCCUCUCUGAUCAGGGUGUCCAGGGCGUCAAGUCGCUUCUUGACGCAGUUACUAGCGAAGGACCAACCGGUUCACCAGGCUUGGCUUUCCACGCUGUCGACAGGUCCGGCAAGACACUUGUCGAGCAUCAAGCGGGAAACCUGGGCAUCGACAGCAAGCAGGCUAUCGACGAGAACACCCUGUUCUGGAUCGCCUCGUGCACAAAGCUCGUCACCGCCGUUGCUUUGCUCCAGCUUGUUGAGCAAGGAAAAAUUGGCCUUGACGAUGCUGAAGCCAUCAAGAAGCACGCUCCGGAGAUUAGCAAGAAGCAGGUCUACGCAGAUGGCGUCAAUGGAGCAGACCAGCAGAACCCUGUGACCUUGCGAAUGCUGCUUUCUCACACAGCAGGCUUUGGAUACUCGUUCUUCGACCCGCGACUCAACGCCCCAGGAGACAUCGAAGGCCAAAAGGGCGACGUCAACGACAUCCUCGACUCUCGACUAGUCAAUCAACCAGGCUCCACGUGGGAGUACGGCAUCAAUCUCGACUGGGCUGGCAUAGUCCUUGAACGCAUCACCGGCCAACGCUUAGGUGACUACUUUGCCGAGCACAUCUUUGCUCCCUUGGAUGUCGACACCAAAGGCGCAACCAUGUUCCCUCCCUCAUCCGCACAGUCGAACCUAGCCGCUAUCCACCAGCGCGACCCUACGUCGGGCGAGAUCAAAGAACGUGACCACUUCUACGGCGCGUCGCUUACGCAAGACACCACCGAGAAGCAAGCCGCCUUCUUCCAGUCCGGCGGCGCGGGCCUCUUCGCAAAGCCAAAGGAGUACAUCAAGAUUCUCGGCGCCAUUCUCAACGAAGGCACAAGUCCGACCACAGGCAAGCAGAUUUUGAAACCAGAGUCUGUGCAGCUAUUCUGGGAGAACCAGAUCCCCAACCAACCAGACUUCGCCCGCGGCGGCCCUCCCCCCGCGAACCCAGAGCUCGUAAACGCAAGCCCCGAAUUCUAUCCGCAGCCGGGCAACCCGCCACAGGGGUGGACAUACGCGGGGUUCCUGACCAUCGAAGCCGGGCCGUCCGGCAGAGGCGCAAACACCAUCUGGUGGAUGGGGCUCGCGAACUGCUUCUGGUGGAUUGACCGCGAGAAGGGGGUAGCGGGAUUUCUGGCGGGCCAGGUGCUGCCGAAUGGGGAUCCCAAGGUGAUUCCGGCGUGGUUCAUGUGCGAGAAGACGAUUUACGAUAAUUUGGAGUAA